GGGCUGCCGGCUGGCUGAGAACCUGAACAUGCGCACAGAGCUGCCCUAGCGUCAGGAGCAGAGGAGAGGCAGAGAGCUGCGAUGUUAGCAGUUUCUGUCUUUUAGGAGAAGGAGCCAAGGGUGCAGCAAGCAAAGGAGGCUGGGGUGGUUGGGGAAUGGGAAAGGAGCUGGAGAUAGGAAGGAUAAGUGAGUGUGUGUAAUUGUAAGUGCUGGAGCUGAUGAAUGAAGGUGUCUGAGCAAGAGACAAACGCGGUGGCGGCCCCGCCAGCAACGGCAGAAAGAACAGGGAGGAGGGGGCGAGCUCUCUUCUUUUAGGAUUAAGGGGAAGAAAAAUCGAUGCUGGGCUGUUGAAAAAUAACUUGAGUCACAGCAUCAGUUUUAUUGGAGAAGAAGCAAGAGAGUGAGCGAGAGCGAACGAGGAGGAGGAGAAGGAGGAGAAGGAAGAGGAGGAGGAGGAGGAGGAGGAGGAGAGAGAGAGAGAGAGAAAGAGAGAGAGAGAGAGAGAGAGAGAGAAAGAGAGAGAGAGAGAGAGAGAGAGAGAGAGAGAGAGAGAGAGAGAGAGAGAGAGAGAGAGAGAGAGAGAGAGAGAGAGAGAAAGGGAGAGAGAAAGGGAGAGAGAAAGGGAGAGAGAGAGAAGAGGGAGGGAGGGAGGGAGAAAGAGGGAGGGAGGGAGGAAGGGGGGGGGAAGCGGGAGCAGAGGGAGGAAGGCGUCGGAGAGCUCCGCUGGGGGCAUCUUCUCACCCAAGCAGACCAGGGCUUAGAGAGGAACGGAGGCUACCGAGGAGCAGGAGAGUUGGGAGGGCGGGUGGGAGGGGGUGUCGCAGCUUGGGCUGGGGGGCCAGGGGGUUGGAGGCUGAGUGAGAAAUAGAAGUGAUGAGAGAGCAAACAAGAAGGUUGGAAGCUGCUGUUGCUGCUGCGUUAUACCAAGAAGAGGACCGGGAGGUGGAGGACUGCUGCUCUUGCCCCUGCUCCUGCUGCCAUAGCUCUUGCUUAGAUUCGUCGGGGAUUCAGAGGCUGCGAGCGCUUGGCAUUCCCCUGCUACAGCGGCCCAGGCUACUUCAGACUUUGUCCCUCCGCAGCUCAUAGGGAUCAUGGAGACUGUAAACGGCACGGGAGGCAGCGGCAGCAGCGGUGGUACAGACGUGAAGCAGCCACCACACGGUCAACACCACCCCCGCCACCACCACCACCACCCCUUGGCAGAGAAGAAGCGGCUGCAACGCACUCCCUCGCCCGCCAGACCCUUCCUGAAGGAUCUUCAUCCUCGGGCUCCGGGUCCAGCCCCUGCCGCCUCUUCUUCCACCUCCAGAUCUCCUGCGACCGCUCCAUCAGCACCCAAAUCCCCGAGCCUCUCUGGCAAGGCGCAUCCUACUCCAUCGCAGGCGCCGCCGUCUCCCGGGCUUUUGGCCACCCAGAGCCGGCUCUCCCGACGCAGUGGGGGAGGCCAACUGGGAGCUAAGGACAAGGGGGUAGGAACAGGGAACAAGCAGGGGGGCAAUGCCAAGUCCUCCGCUUGCAGCAAGAAGGCAGCCCGGGCACCAACGGGAGAACAGCCCUCGAAGGCUGGAAAGCAACAGACACAGCCACAGACACCGCUUACAGGUGGGGAACAGGGGACCGCCACUGUUAAAGGCCGUAAAGGCAAGAGAGGUUCUGGGCCCCAAGGGACGACAGUUCAGACUCCAACUCCUGCCUCAGUUCCUGUUGUCUGCUCUUUGACCAGCCCAAGCCACUCGGCCCCCACUGCUCAAGCCCCCAACUUCUCUGGUUCCCUGGCUCUGGGUACCCGCAUCAGCCACACAGACAGUAGCUCGGACCUGUCAGAUUGCCCCUCUGAGCCCUUGUCUGAUGAACAACGCCUGAUCCCGACAGCCAGCAGCGACGCCGAGUCAGGCACCGGCUCCAGCGAUCGGGAGCCACGGGGAGCCCCCAACCCUAAUGCCAGCGGGAAAGGGGGACAGCCUUGCAGCCCUGAGCCCCUUGGACCUCACUAUCCCUCUUGUGCCUCCCCUGGGAGCGGGGGCGGCAGGGCCAGCCCUUCAGUGGUUCCCCCUGGAUUGGUGGGGUCUGGAAUUGGAGAAGAUGCUGGGGGGAGAACCCAGCCAAGAUCGGCCUCCGGGAAGGGUGGCCCUGGAGAAGAUGGAAAGGCGAGGCCUGGAAGCGGCGGUACCAACCAGGCACCCAGCCCGUGUGAGCUGCAGCAGCUGGUGCUAGCAGAGGAGGAGGAGGAGCUGCUGCGGGAGAUGGAGGAGCUGCGCUCAGAGAACGACUAUCUCAAGGAUGAACUGGAUGAACUUCGUGCAGAAAUGGAAGAGAUGAGAGACAGCUAUUUAGAAGAAGAUGUUUAUCAACUGCAAGAACUCAGACGAGAAUUGGACCGUGCUAAUAAAAACUGCCGUAUCUUGCAGUACCGUCUCAGGAAGGCUGAACAGAAAAGCCUGAAGGUUGCUCAGACCGGUCAGGUAGAUGGAGAGCUCAUCAGAAGUCUGGAGCAAGAUUUAAAGGUGGCCAAAGAUGUAUCUGUCAGACUGCACCAUGAACUUGAGACCGUGGAGGAAAAACGUGUUAAAGCUGAAGAUGAAAAUGAAACCCUGCGACAGAAGAUAAUUGAAGUUGAAAUAUCCAAACAGGCCUUGCAAAAUGAGCUGGACAAGUUGAAAGAGAGUUCCCUGAAGAGAAGAGGCAGCAGGGAAAUGAACAAAGAUAAGAAAACAAUCAAUCAGCAGACUGGAGGAGUGGAGCGUCUUGGGAACUGCAGGGCAGGAGCCAAAGCACAAAGGAAACUGGUUCCCCGGCGCAAGGACGACAGUGCAGAUUUGAAAUGCCAGCUUCAGUUUGCCAAAGAGGAAGCCACCCUGAUGCGCAAAAAAAUGGCCAAACUAGGGAAGGAAAAAGAUGACUUGGAACAGGAACUCCAAAAAUACAAAUCUCUUUAUGGUGAUGUGGACAGCCCACUGCCGACUGGGGAAGCUGGGGGGCCACCUAGCACCCGGGAGGCAGAACUGAAGCUGAGACUCAAGUUAGUUGAAGAAGAAGCCAACAUCCUGGGCCGAAAGAUUGUGGAGCUAGAGGUAGAGAACCGUGGCAUCAAGGCAGAAAUGGAAGAUAUGAGGUGCCAGUAUGAGAAAGAGUGUCUUAGCCGGGACCACAUCCCAAGCAUUCCUACCUCUCCCUAUGGCGACUCUGUGGAAUCAUCCAUGGAGCUGCGCCGCCAUCUUCAAUUUGUUGAAGAAGAAGCAGACCUGCUCAGGAGGUCUAUCUCCGAGAUUGAAGAUCACAAUAGGCAGCUGACCCAUGAACUGAACAAGUUCAAGUACGAACCUGGCCCCGAGUCAGUGUGGCCAGAUGACAGUGUCUGCAAAGGUGGUGGUGGCAGUAGCAGCAGCAGCAGUAGCAGCAGCAGCAGCAGUAGCAGCAGCAGCAGCAGUGGAGGGAUGCUGCAGGAAGAGCUGAAGUCAGCUCGGAUGCAGAUCAACGAGUUGAGUGGAAAGGUCAUGAAACUGCAAUAUGAAAACCGGGUGCUUCUCUCCAAUGUUCAGCGCUAUGACCUGGCUUCUCACUUGGGGCUGGAGGCUUCCAGCUCUGGGGAGAGUGACACUGAGAGUGAGGAUGAUAAGAAAGAGAGUGAUGGAGAGGAGGUUCGCCCCGGGCACCCCAGGAGGGAAGGGCCCAUUGGAGGUGAGAGUGAUUCUGAAGAUAUCUGCGAGAAGACUUCGGGCAUCGGGAGUGGAAAACCAUCUGAGUCCAGUGACGUGUGCUCUGCUGAGUUCAUGAGGGCCAAACAGGAGACCGAGUCCUUGGUCAAAAUAAAGCAGGUAGCGGAGAGAUUGGAGAGAACCGUAGAGCGCCUCAUCACUGACACUGACAGCUUGAUGUAUGAUGCCAAGCUGCAUGUCACCGGUGAUGCUUCACCUGAAUCAGGUUUCCAGGGAGAAGGAGAGACAAGCGAGGGGGACAAAAAUGAACCUGAAUUGUUGGAUGCGAUCAACUCAAAGAUGAAGAUUUUUAGGAAGGAGCUCCAGGCCUUUCUGGAGAAGGUGGACCAGGUGAAGGAAGGACUCAAAGAGCACCUGGAGGACCUCUCUCCUCUGCCUCACCUCACAGAGUCUUCUAGUUUCCUCUCCACCAUGACCUCCAUGUCCCGGGACUCCCCUAUUGGUAACUUGGGAAAGGAUCUAAUCACAGACUUCCAGUCCAAACUGAGGGAUCAGUUGGAGUGGCAGCCCAAUCAAGACCGUGGAGAGGAUCGAGAGAUUCACCGCCUUCGAGCCACUACAGAACCACACCGCAGAGCUGAUGGAGACAUUAAAAUCUACAGGCCAGGAGACAAAGGCUAUUUCAAUCUAGAGCUCAGGGAUCCCCCUGUCCAGAAUGUAUCGAUACAGGAGCUCCAGGCUCAACUUGAGCAGGAGACCAGACUUCACCAAGAGGACCAAGAAAAAUUUAAAGCAAAGAUCAUCCAGAUGGAGCAGGAGCACCUAUAUGCCUUGCGCCGGAAGGAGCUAGAAGUCCAGAGCCUGUCUUUGCAGAACACCCUGGAGAGGCGGACAUGGGAGGAAGAGAAGAAUGUAUUGCAGCAGGAUCUCCGUCACUUCAGGCAGAACACUUUCCUCUUCUAUGUCAAACUGAAGUGGCUUCUCAAACACUGGAGGCGGGGCAAGAAAGGAGAGGAGGAACCUGAGGAUUUCAUGGAGAUGGAGCAUCCUGAGACUGUACCAGGAGUUGGAGUUCAAACUGAACAAAGAGAUGAGGAUGAUGAAGAGAGAGGCGUUGGGUCCCCAGUGGAGUAUUACUCCCAACAUUCAAGUAUGGAAAUUGAUGAAGAUGAUGAUGAACCAGAGAUACAGACUGCAGAGAUUAUGGAGCACCAAAAACAGGCAGUGGAAAACCGGAAUCUCAUAAACUCCCUUAAGACUUUGCUGGAUGAUUUCCACUCUGAGAUGAGGGAAGAUGAACGGGAUCGCCUUGGAUUGCAACAACAAUAUGCCAAGGAUAAGGCCGCCUGGGAGGUGGAGUGGACAGAGCUGAAGAGCCGCCUGGAACAGUUGGAAGGAAAGAACUCAGAAAGAAAUCCAGGAGAAAUGUCUCCCUCCUUUGACUUAAAGGGAGCUUUUAAGAAGGAGAGAGAGGAGCACAAGAAAAUACUUGCAGAGAGCCAUAGCUUGGUGAUGGAGCUACGCUGGCAAGUCCUUCACAAUGAGAAAAACUGGAAAAGGGAAAAAGUGGAACUUCUUGACCGAUUAGACAAAGAACGCGAGAAUUGGGAGCUACAGAAGAAGGAGAUGCUGCGAAGAAUGCAUCAGCUCCAGGAUGGACUGAGCUACCUUGGAAAUGACACUUUCUUUAGGGAUUCAAAAGAAGUCAUCCGUAUGUUAUCUAGCCAAGACAGCUAUUAUUCGCCUCCUUCAACAAGAAAUUGGUCUUACUCUGAUCCAGACCCAAUGCAGUAUGGAGACCAUACACUGUCGAAAUUGAAGCAUUCAGACCGGUGCUCUGCCACAGAGAACAUCUACUUGGAUGCUUUGGCCUUGGAUGAACCCAAUGCCCCCAAGCCUCGAAAAGUGGGACGAGAGAAGUUUAUCACUUGCCUGCAUGAAGAAGAAGAAAACUACAAGGGAAAUCUUCAAAGGGCAGUAUCAGUGUCCUCCAUGUCUGAGUUCCAGCGCCUGAUGGACAUUUCUCCCUUCCUGCCAGAAAAGGCCAUGCCUUCUGCCAACCACAAGGAGGACAUCACUCCUCCCUUGUCCCCUGAUGACCUGAAGUACAUUGAGGAAUUUAACAAGAAUUGGGACUAUCCUCCAUCCCAGAGCCGCAGGAAUGGGUUGGCUGAGAAGCCCCCGGAUUCCUGGGCAGAAAGGACCGAAGGGGGGAGGUCGGGGAACGAUGUCCCCGGGUCAUCGUGGUACCUCACCACAAGCGUCACCAUGACCACCAACACCACGACCAGCCCCGAGCACUGCCAGAAGCAGCCUUUGAAGAGCCACGUCAUUGCGGACAAGACGGGGGUGCGCGUGUUUCAUAGCCCACCGGCGGUCCGCCGAUUUGACAACCCGGCGACGGCAGGCAGCGAGGAGAAGGGCCAGGGGGACCCUAACUUGUUGCUCUCUGUGAACAAAGCCAAAGGGAGCAUGGGGGAGGCAAAAGUCACCUCCCCCGAGCACGCAUUUGGCAGGUGGCCCUGUGAACACCCAGGGCACCACAGAGACAACUUGGAGGGUGGCUUCCACCCUGCGGAAGGCCCUGUUUGCACGACCGUGGGCUUUUCCUCCUCCCUGCAUAGCCUUGAGAUGUCCAAGAACAUGAGUGACGACAUGAAAGAGGUCGCCUUCUCUGUGAGAAACGCUAUCCACGCCAGCCCCAAGAAGCCUCAGCUCAAAGAUACGGCCUGUCAGACCAAUGGGUGCAAGACUAAAGGAACACAGACCACCCAGACCAUGAAUGUUGGCCUACAGACUGAAACCCUGCGUGGUGGAAGCAUCACCAGCAGUCCCCACAAGUGUCUCACCCCAAAGGCAGGGGGUGGCACCACACCUGUGUCAUCCCCCUCCAGGAACCUCCGGAACCGGCAGGUGUCACCUGCCAUCGAGAAGGUGCAGGCCAAAUUUGAACGCACGUGCUGCUCCCCCAGGUACGGGUCACCCAAGCUCCAGAGGAAGAGUCUCCCUAAAGCUGACCAGCCAAAUAAUAGAGCCCUGCCAGGGACACCCCAGAAAGGGUUCAGUGAAUCUGCCUGGGCCCGCUCCACCACCACAAGGGAGAGCCCCGUGCAUACCACCAUCAAUGAUGGACUCUCCAGCCUGUUCAACAUUAUCGACCACACUCCCGUGGUCCAGGAUGCCCUCCAGAAGGGAGUCCGAGCUGGCAGCCGCUCUCGCUCAGCUGAACCCCGACCAGAUCUGGGCCCAGGUCAAGAAACAGGCACAAGUUCCCGGGGAAGGUCACCUAGCCCCAGUGGGGCUGGCACCGAGACAGCCAGAGAAGAAGGGGGAGAAGGUACCCCCGUGAGGCAGGACUUAUCUGCUCCUCCCGGCCACACACUGACUGAAAAUACUGCCAGGAUCCUGAACAAGAAACUUUGGGAGCAUGCCUUAAAGGAAGAGAGGAGACAGGCUGCCUAUAGCCCCCCAAGUCUUAAUAAUGACAGCAACAUGGGAGAAAUGAUCAAAGCUGAACCAGGGUCCAUUGAGGUCUUAUAGAUGACAAAAUCAUUCAGAGUUUGGAAUUGACUCCUUUUGGUCAAGUUGUGAAGUUGUCAAUGUGUAUACUAGAACAUCAAAGCUCUCUUCUUUCUGAGGGAACCAGGAUAAAAAGGCUUAUUUUAAUCUUCUCUCCAUACUAGCUAUGUGACCUUGAACAUGUUAAUUCAUCUCUCUAGGUUUUGAUUGUCUGUUAAAGUAAGGAUAAUAUAAGAAAAAAAUUAUAAGUGGAAAUUAUAUGAAUUAAUAGUGAUGAUAAUCAUAAUUUUAUUAACCUUGUCACACCAUGCUAAACCUAAAAUUAUUUUUACAUGUGUAAUAUGUGUGUCCACAUGAAUCAUAUAUAUAUAUAUGUAUGUAUUUGGCUUGCAAGUGGCACAGUUAGGUAUGAUCUGAGGUCUGGCCCUUCUCUGCAAAGGAGAGUUGAGGAUUAUGCCUACAUCCCUAAUAUGCCAGCUCAGGGAGAAAGGGACAGACAGGCCAAAGAGCACCACUCAAGCUGGAUGUUCUUUCUUCUCAUCCAAAAGGUAUCAGGCUAGAAUACCUUUAUAUCUAUCCAUUCUCCUGCAAAUAUUGGCAUUCUGGGAGAAGAGAGUUUAAGAACAAAAGCCUUUCCUUGAAUAAUCUUAACAGGUAAGGUAGUCCUUAGAUUAAUCUCACUGACAUAGUUCCUUUUCUCUAAAUACUAGUAAUACAAAAUGCCAUCAUGGAAUAUGAUAGUUAGGUAAACCCAUUUAUCUAAGCAAAACAGUGAACAGAAAUCAGAGAAGUUAAGCAGAUUCAAAUAUACCCCCAAAUGCUCAAGAAUGAAUGAGCUCUUCCAUGGAGGGGUAAGCCAAGAUCUCAGCUCAAACUAAGAGAUUAAGAACUAUCUCGCCUAGAGGAGGUUUAUUCUUAGCAGAAUUUCAAUCAAGACCAGGGGGGUUGAUUUCCUCCCAUGGCUACCAUUUCAAAAUCUUUUUCUCUCUCCUUCACCUUCUCAGAGUAUAUCCAAUAAGGAAGUCUCUUAUGUAGGUAAUGCUGAGCAUUCUGUCUACCAAUCAGAAGUCUUGUCUUCUUUCACAUGCAAUAGAGCACAAAACCAUUCCAGGUAUGGAAUGCAUAUUUAUGUGUAAUUUUUUUUAAUUCACCAUCCUCUCUGUAGCUAGAGGAAUAAAAAAAAAUACCUUAUCAUAGGGUUGGUAUAAGGGAAUAAAAAUGAAACCUGUCCUAUAGCUUUUUCUAUGUGAGAAAGCGAGUUGCUAUACAAGAAUAAAUACCAUACCAUGAUGAUUGAAGUAUAGGGUAUACUGGCUUAGGAGUAUCUUGACCCAUUAUAACUAAUUAAAUGAACUUAUUCUAUAUCUCUAUCUUGUAAAAUCAUUUCAUUUCUUUGAGACCCUCUUUAGUGGUCAUGUACUCCAUGAAUCUUUAUCUGAUCCCCUGGCUAGAAGUGAUCCUUUUUUGCCUAUGUACACAUCUUAUUCUAACUUGUAUCAGAAUUAUGUAUAGAUCUUAUUCCUCUAUUAGAAUGUAAGCUCUUUGAGGGCAGGGGCUAUGUCAUUUUGCAUUUUUGUAUUCCCAGUGCCUUUCACAUAGUAGGCACUUAAUAGAUGGAGAAUGAAUUAAAUAAAUAUUCUGUAUGCUUGACACCC